CAGGCCUUUGGCAAAUGAAACUUUAAAGGGUAGAUUUGAUAAUGAGGGAAGAUGGGGAGAGAAGUGUGCAGCUUCCAGGUUGAGCCGUGACCGUUAGGUUGGGUUCCCACUUCUCCUAGCACCUACAAUUCAAAUGACAACUCCCUGAAAAUUUGCAAACUUCUUUUGACAAAGAGCUUCCCUUCUCCAUGACCAAACACAAACUUCCAUUCAACAGAGAAGGGAAAGAGGGGAGAGGGCACAUCGUUUGAUUUCCGAUGGAAGAAUUGAAGAAUGGUCAUGUAUCUCCAUCAUCAUCUCCCCCAACACCACCAUCACCUCUCCCCAUUAGUGUAGGACCUGGCAACCAAAAGUACCUCUUUUCGCCUUCUCCAACUCCUUCACCGCCCUUCUCACCGUCUCCUUCCAGCCAUGCAUCAGCUGAAAACCUCCCUCUUCUGCAUGAUCAUAACCCGCCGGCAGCUCCAGCUCAGGUUACAUCAACUUUUUCACUAGACCGGAAAGACCCCGAUGAAUUGGAAGACAAAAGUUCAUGUCUCAAGGACUUGUAGCCUCUCUGGUUUCAACUCAUAUAUCAUGAAAUACAGGUUGGAAUGGCUGGUGCAGAAAUGCUGCAGUUGCUGCUCCUGAUCCUUCAUUUGCUAUCAAUGGGCAAGUAAAGAAACUCUAAGUCAACUCCCACAAAGAUGGCCAGGCCAUGGAGAUACCACAAAACUAAAAUUCCACCCACACUUUGUUUGUUUGUUUUUAUUUUUUUAUUUUUUUUGGUUUUUCUGUUUGUCUUUUUAUUUUUCCAACCCUGCUGUAACAAGCACUGACUGACCCACCGGCCCAUUCGCUUGACAGAAAAUUCUUUAGCAUCUGUAACUCCAAAAGAAACGAAACAAUUGUAACAUGAUUCUUCAAGCAUUCAGUUUUUCCCCUGAUGCAAUUCUUGUGAGAUUCACUA